UCCGUGCCUCCAGUUGGAAACGGGAGCACGCCACGUGAAAGUAGGAAGGGGAGGCUAUAGCCGGACCGACGUCGCUUCGUGCGCUUCAGUCGUUCGUGGACCUCGAAGGACGAUAGAGGUCGAAGAGGACAUUUCCUCCUUUUCCUUCCUGACUGGUGCUUCUUCUCUAUUUUGAUCUCUUUUUUAUCCAUUUACAACUUUCCGUUUUUGACUCUUUAUCUGUUUGUUUCUCUGUCACCGUCUCUCUCUCUUUCUAUCUUUCUUGCUUCGUUUGUCUCUCGUUCUCUUUGACAUUAUCGAAGGUGAUAAGACAACAACGACGACAACGCAACACAACGAUUUUCUUUAUCAAUACGAUUAACCAGGAUUCAUAGUCCUUAUUCUUCAAGAGAAAAGAGGACGAAGAGGAGGAAGAAGAGGAAGAAGAAAAAGGAAGGAUCUUCUUCCACAUCCUUCACAUCCUCUUAUUCAAGUUGCAAUUCUCUUAGGACGUCUGUCUCUUCAAUUUUCAUCGGCUUCCUCGGUCAUCGUUUAUUUUUUUUCCUUUUUCUUAAAACGUCAGAGAGAGAUCAAAGGGAAGGAUGCAUCGACAGGUCUACCUCGUCGUUGGAGUCAUCUUCUUGGGUUAUCUUCAAGAUUAUGUGUCCGGCGCGUGUCCCCGGAUAUGCCCACCAAGCGGGGAACCGGUAUGCGGCAGCGACGGUAUCAUUUAUGCUUCCCAGUGUGAAAUGCGGAAGAAGAUGUGUGGAAAGGGCGUGACGGUAGCGACAGAAAAAACCGCUUGCUUAAGAUCAUCGGGUAGCAAGUGCGAGCAUCGUUGUUCCGGAGAUCAAGAUCCGGUAUGCGGUACCGACGGUCGAACUUAUCUCAACAAAUGCAUGAUCAGAGUAGAAAUCUGCAGGGUGGGAAUUGAGCUCUCUCAUCUUGGACCGUGCAACAAUAUUUCUGCGCACAGAGAAAACUGUCCGGUUUCGUGUGACUUUGCACCACUCGAUGGCCCCGUAUGCGGUAGCGAUGGCAACGUUUACAAAUCCACAUGUCAAAUGAAGCUACUCACUUGCGGACAAGGAGUCGUACGUACGAACAAGAAACACUGUCAGACCACAAGACAUUGUCGUGAAUCGUGCUGGCGUGGUGCAAAGCCAGCCUGUGGUAGCGAUGGUAUCCUCUAUGCGAACACCUGCAAAAUGCGAGCUAAGAAUUGCGGAAAGCACGUGUUCGAGGUGCCAAUGUCAUUUUGUGUGUCGCGAGAACGAACAUCCGGAAGUCAAUUGAACGCGUGUCCACUCGACUGUAGGCACGAGCCGGAAGUGCCGACCUGUGGAUCGGAUGGAAAUAUCUAUAGGAACGAAUGCGAGAUGCAAAUGCUCAACUGCGGGCAAGCUAGAAGGAAAGUGACCGUAGUAGACUUCGAGAAGUGUCGGCCACGUUUAACCAAGUGCAUGAAGCAACAGCAACGAUGUGGAAACGAAGUAGAUCCGGUCUGUGGAAGCGACGCGAGUACAUAUCCAAAUCAAUGUCACCUGAACGUGGCGAUCUGUCUAAAAGGUAUUCAAUUGGCUCACGUCGGAGAAUGUACGACCUUGAAAGAAACUGAAGAGUGUCCUGAUGAUUGCAACGAAGUGCCAGAGGAACCUGUUUGUGGAAGCGACGGCAACGUUUAUCGCUCGCUAUGCCAUCUUCGCCACGAGACAUGCGGUCAAAGGGUAGUUCAGGUUCCUGCUCAGCAUUGUCGUACUACAGCGCUUUGUAAUCAAAUCUGUAGUGGAGAACGUCAAUUCGUUUGUGGUUCGGACAACAAGCUUUAUCGUAACGAAUGCGAAAUGAAAAGGGACAAUUGCGGAAAACACGUGUACGUGGUACCAAUGAAACGAUGCGUUCAAGGUUUCUUGUUCCGUGGUUGUCAAAAGAUCUGCCCACCAUAUUACGAUCCAGUUUGUGGCACCGACGCAAUGACCUAUAGCAACGAAUGUUUCUUGGAAAUAGAAAAUUGUCGUAGCAGAAGCCUCGUCUCUAAAAAGUAUCACGGCGUUUGUGGCCAGCCAACGGAGGAACCGAAAAAUUAUUUGUAUUAAUUCGCCGAUCGAAAUCGAUUUAAAGAAAAACAAAAAAAAAAAAACAAAAACAAAAAAAGAAAAAUAAUAAUAAUAGUAAUAAAAAUAUGUUCCAGGUUACAUCGAACGAGAUCGAUCGGCGAAACGGUACUAAAUGAAAAAUCGUUCUUGAAAUCUUAACAAUACGAUCCGUUUCGUCGAUCGAUCUUAAAUAUAUGCGAAUUAUCGCGCCUCGUCUUUCGAAAAAUGUUGCUUCGAGUAAUUCGACGAUGUGUAUAACGCGUAUAUAUUAAUCUUUAAGAAAAUUUUAAGGCACCAAGUGUAUCGUAUUUAAUAACGAAAAUGAAAACAAAUACUCGUGCGCGACGAAAUCGGUCGAUUUAAUUAUUCGAUGUCGUUCGAUGAAUUUCCAAAAAGAAAAUCUUUAUCGAUUGAUACUAAAACGAGCUUGCCAAGAGAAGACAAUUAUAUUCUAUAAUAUUUAUAAUCUUGCCAAGUUUAUAGAUACAUAUUGUCAUUGAAAGCUGAUAGGUAAUCGACUUCGAAUAGGAUUGCUAUACUAUAAUAAUUGUCCAAUGUCGAAUCUAUCGUUUAAGCGAUCUUUUGCGAACGCGUCCGUGAAUCAUGGUAUGAUUAUAUAUUUUGGAUAAAAUUUUUUUUUUUAAUAAACCCUAAAUGCGCACGCUUGUGUAUAUGAUUGCAAAGUUAAAAUAUAUUUUAAUCAAUGUGCACAAUUACAUAGUUUUUUAUUAAAAUU